CCGGCAAUAACCCCGCCUACCACCACUUGAAGCUUCUUUCGUAACCAUUGCGUCUGUGAUUUGAAACGGUCAGUUCCUGCCAUUUGAGCUCAUUAUUUUCGUUCAUUCCCGACAAAAAUUCCCUGAAACUGCACAAACAGUUGCAACCACAAAAAGCGUGAUUCGUUACGGUAGUUGGUUAUCUACUUGCUGUUGAUUGAUUGUUUGUUAUCAAGCAAGCAAGCAAGUCGUCAACAAGCAAGCAAAGUGUCGUUCAACCAUCCAUUCACAGACGGCUUCAACGCAACAAAGAGAGUUCGUUUCUACCAUCCAUCUGAUUAACUCCCUCCUUCCUUUGUCACGACAAAACUACCAGGAACAUCCCACAAGUUCCACAAACCACAACUCCACAAACCAACAUCAAUAGUUAGUUAGAUAGAUUCAAUUCAUAUCAUCAUCAUGUCUCCAUACACCACUACUGUCAUCCACACAUCCCAGGUCGCCAAUGAACUGGAAGUGAUGCGCUGUCUUCCUACUGACCAAGAUGGCAUGGACUUUCCAGCUGCCGCACGACAUUUUCUGUAUUCUCUUCCUGGCAACCGUGCCUGCGUCGAUUGCGGAGGCGCCAAUCCUCAAUGGGCAUCCGUGAGCUUUGGAACCCUCCUUUGUCUGCAAUGCAGUGGAAACCAUCGAGGAAUGGGCGUCAAGACGAGUCGCGUUCGGUCGGUCGAAAUGGAUACCUGGUCGCACACACAAGUGCUGGCCAUGUUGGAAGGUGGCAACUUUCAAUUGCAACAAUUCUUUGAACGUCAUCGCAUGGGGAAUGCCACCAAAAUGGCACAAAAACGUCAACAACGCUAUCACACCAAGGCGGCAGCCUUUUAUCGCGUUCAUUUGGCCAAGCAUGCACAAGCUGUAGCGGAUGCCGGUGUCUACGAAGGACGCGAAGCGACCCGACAAAAACAUUACGGUAACAAUACUGGCAGUGCUGCUAGUACGGCGGCCGCUGUAGAGUCGUGUUGUGCGGCCGCGACGGCAAACCGAUCGGAACAACCUCGGCGUCGAUCCCUUGCCGUGGUGCAAUAAUAUAUUGCAUGUAUAUACCAAGACACACAAACUUUCUGUGUUGUUCUGGGCGAGGGUGUCUGUUACCCGCCCACACCUAUAAGACCACAUUCACAAUCCCUAAAACGAAUAGAUCACGUUAUCAUC